CGUGCUAACAAAAACACUAGCCACUACAAACAGCGAUAACAUUACUGAUAAGGACUAGUAGAUCUACGCCAUAGAAGGAGAGAAAUAACAUUAUUUACUUCACCUUAACGAUAAUAAUGUCUACAGUGCAACUUCCACCGGAGAUUUGGGAUCGAAUUUUCGAUUAUUUACCCUUCCAACAACAAUUACAAAAGGCAGUGGUGUGUCGUGCGUGGAACAAGCGUGUUGCUUAUAAAGCCAUCUUAUCGCUCUCUUGCAGUGGCCACAAUUCUCAGAAUCUCAUUUAUUCGAUACGCAACACCAUAAGAAAUUAUAAGAAUUUCAAAAUUGAACUGUUAAGAACAGAGCAAGAAUAUCUCGAGACCCAACACGCCGUUUUGGAGUGCAGUCAAAGGUUUAACGUUCAAACUUUGUCUCUCGAACUAGCAUCGAGUGUAAUGUUAGAAAAAUUCGUUGAUGACCACUACAACUGGAUACGCACUGUGCGAAAUCUUUGCUUGCAAUUGGUUGACGGCGAAAAUCUUCCUGUUGACUUACUGGCCAAGUUGACAAAUCUUCGGAAGCUACGGCUGCUAAACAUUACUGAUGCCAAUGCUAAUUGGACGAAAUUGUUGAUACAGCUAAGUUUGAUUCGAGCUCUUACGAUAGAUGCAGCAUGGCACUACAAUGACGAAGCUUUGGACAAGUUAAUAGAAUCAGUUUCAAAUUUCACAGGCCUAGUAGAACUAACGAUACGUUCAAACGACAGUGCCUGUCUGACAACGAUAGCUAGUAAUUUGAUUCAUCUCGAGAAACUUUCAUUGGUGCGAUUAACGAUUCGGAGAGAGGAUAGAGUGCUAGAUUUUCCCUCGUUGAAACAUUUGAAUUUCGAUGUCAACUGGUUUGUGUUCGAUAGUAUGACCUUCAACAUAAACGCACCACUGCUUAGAUAUCUACGUAUUUCCAAGAAAAUAGUUCCUUUUGUUCAGUUUACCGACAGAACUAAAAUUCAGCAAAUGGAUUUAUUUGGCUUCAGCAUAUCUAGCUCUCAUUCCAGUUUUUCAACUGUAGAAACGUUAGGCUUGACAACACAGGAACCCGCUAACCAGGAAUCUAUUCUAAAGGAAAUGAAACUAUUCCCGAACAUUCUCAAACUGACGCUGAAAGUGAUGUCGAAAGAUUGUAGCAUAGAAGUUCCAUGCGCUGCCAGUUUUCAACACAUAACGUGUUUACAUCUGAAUAACUUUGUUCUUCGUAUGCAAUUUUUUGAAGAGAUCGCACAACACAAAAUACUGCAGCAUCUAACAUUAGAAGAAUGCAAUUUCUCCCUGAACGCAUCAAGCAAUUCCGUUGAGCUAUCACAUUUAAAUUACUUCCGCGUGAAACGUGUUUCGUUACCCAUGUCGGUAGAUUCUUUUCCUGUCGUUGCGUUCGGCCAACCGCCAAUCGAACUUGUCGAUAAAAUACGAACACAUCUCUGGCGCAAUGAUCACUUCAAUGUAUUCAGCUCGAAAUGGGAUUAACGUUCUAUAUUUUAGGUAUUAAAUUUUUGGAUGUGUGGUUUUUGUUGCGAUUGAAAAUGUUCUGUUGUUUUUCUUGUUGAUCGGAAUUCGGGAAUGUCGAUUGUUUUAGUUAAUUUUUCACUAUUGUUAGAUAAAUUCAGCCCAUUUCGUAUUUUUCUUUACCUAAUCAUAUACGACGGAAAGCAUG